UAAUAUUUUAGGACUUGUCGGGAUGUUCUCCCUGGCGUUGAUGGUGGGACUGGUCCCUCUCGUGUCCCUCAUCGGUCUGAUCUACUCGGCCUCCGUGGACGAGAGCUUCCCUCAGGGAUGCACCAGCAGCGGCAGCGUGUGUUUCUACAGCCUGCUGCUGCCGCUCACCCUCCCCGUCUACGUCUUCUUCCACCUGUGGAGCUGGAUGGGGAUCAAGCUCUUCAGACACAACUAAGCUGUUCUCUCAGUUUCCUCCUGCAGCCUUUAAUUAUUAGAUCCCUAACUGUGUGUUUAUUCUUGGAUAGUUACAAAACUUAAUAAUGAGUUUAUUUUAUCUGUCAGGAUUUCAUGUUGCUGUUUAUAACACUGUAGGUACCGAUUUUCCUUAUUAAUAAUAAUAAUCUGUCGUAAUAAACAUGUCCUAACACCUGCAAAACAAACUGCUGUAAAAUUAUUAACUGUAGAAAUUUACAUCUGUGCURAAUAAACAUCAGUUGUGUAAUAAAAACUAAAA